GUUAGUUGAUUGAUGACAGCUGUUACGACUACAACUCCACCGCAAACAAGAAUUGUCAUACAGGAAUUUCUCCAGCUCUUUCUUUUCCUACAGAAAGACGUUAAUACUGAUCAAUUUCAACCGAUCGAAUGUUUAAUCGGGGUUAAUUCUUGCCCCAAGUAGACUGAUCAAGUACGAAAAUCAYAUUGAGACAAACUAGAGGACAAACUGUGAUAUACAAAUACCAUCUACCUUCAAGCUUCGAAGCACUCACUGUAAACAAUUCAGCUGCUUUUCCCAGAGAAAUCCAUUGACAAAAGUUAAUUCUUCCAAUGACAUCUACCUUGGGAAUCAUUUGUCUUCUAGUUUUGGUCUGUCGUACUGUUGCACAGGAUGUUUUCAUAACGACUAAAUAUGGGAAACUCAGAGGAACAAGCGUUUCGUUGCAUCAAAACAUUGGUAAACACUUUACCMAAAAAAGGAUAAACACAUUUUUGGGUGUGCCUUACGCCUCGCCGCCAGUCGGGAAAAGACGACUUAAGGCUGCUGUCGAUCCAUGUAUGUGGAAGCCAGGUAUUUAUAAUGCUACGAACUACAGGAAUGUUUGUAUUCAAGACGAAUCACAAUACAGCUAUUACAAGAAUGUGUGGCCUUCGUUUGACCCAAACACUAAUAUCGCUGAAGAUUGUCUUUACCUGAACAUCUUCGCGCCAGAUUUCAAAGCUUUACAUCCUGUCAUGGUGUACGUACAYGACGGAGGGUUUAACGUUGGUGCGUCAAUUCCCUGGCCAGGUUAUGAACUGGCUUUGCAGGAYGUUGUCGUUGUGACAAUACAGUAUCGACUUGGUCCGUUGGGAUUCCUGUCUACGGGUGACCAGGAAGUACCUGGUAACUUUGGACUCUUGGAUCAGGUACAAGCUCUCAAAUGGGUUAAGGAGAAUAUCGAUCGUUUCAGUGGCAACCCAAAUGAAGUGACUCUUUUCGGUGCUGGUGCCGGAGCAACUUCMGUCAGCCUGCAUUUAGUUUCCCCUCUUUCAGAAAAUUUAUUCCACAGGGCUAUUUUAGAAAGUGGUCCUGAUAUUUCAUCAUGGCCAAUGCAGACCACAGAAAGCAUUUUGAAACGUUCAAAGGCGUUAGCAAAAAGUCUCGGCUGUUAUCAAACAAAUUCCGCUGAUCUAUUGAAGUGCUUACAGCAAGUAAGCGAUGCCAAACACUUUGUGAAAGCCAAUGAUUUAUUCAGUUCUUGGGGACUAGGUGCAUUUUCGUUUGGACCUGUUGUAGGCGAUUCUUUCCUUCCAGGCAGACCAGACGAGUUAAGAAAACAAGGCAUGUUCCAUAAGGUUCCCGUCAUCAUUGGUCUUGCUGCUAAUGAAUCGUCUCUUUYUCUGGGUCAUGCAUUGAAAACUAUCUUAAGAGUAUCGAAUAUCUCAACUGGCAUAAACGAGGARGUGUUUCAYCAGUAUUGUAACGAAUACGCUCAGGCRCUCCAACCUAAAUCAAGUAUUAGUCUAAAAAAGGCUUUAUUUGACGCCUUGUUAUUUGAGUAUUAUCCUUGGCAUGCUGCACAAGACAGCAAAGCUCGUUUAGAAGGUCUUAUCAACAUGGCAUCAGAUCAUAUAUAUGGAGCUCCCGYUAUUUCRACCCUCGGYGCGCACAAAAAACACKCCCCUACUUACAUGUACGUCUUCAACCAACGAUCGAAUUUCUCCCGACAUCCUUCAUGGGCAGGUGUACCUCACGGUUCCUCGUCUCCCUACGUACUGGGACUAGUUUUACAAAAUUCRUCGCAUUAUGACGACAUUGACCGCGAUGUCAGUAAAACUAUGAUUAUCAUGUGGACAAACAUGGCCAAAUAYGGUAAUCCCACUCCAAAAUCUGUAUUGGGGGUCACGUGGAGUCAAUUUACUGUAGCCAAUCAGGAUUAUAUGAGUUUCGAGGGCAAACCUGUAGCGCAAAUGGCGCAAAAUUUCUACGGAUCACGAGCUGCAUUUUGGAAUUACUACUACCCAAUGAUCAUUAGAAAAAAUGUUACAUGCCCGACAAAACCACGUGUGAAAUCUGUUUGUCAGACWUUACGUUGUACAAGAAAUAUGUUAUCAUUAGUAUUAGCUGUAUAUUUAAUGUUUUAUGAGCUUCUGUCGUGACUAUAAAUAGAAGUAYAAGACUCGUUUCAUUGCUCAAUGAUAUAUGGUUAGGUUUCUUGAUACCAUAUGCAGGAUCUCGCACGAAAACCCCUAACAUCGCGCAAUCUAAUAGGGGAUUUAAUUGGGGGAAUUCUUCAAACUUCACAUUAAUUGUAAGCUAGAAGGCUAUAUUGACUGACAAAUAACUUUCUUUAUUUAUCAAUGAUAGAGUGCAUGGUAGAGAGUAAUGCUUAACAUAGGUACGCGCUAAUGUAGGCAAGUAUAUGGAAUUUCUAACUGAUUUUCAUCAGACUUCUCAUACUAUAAUAAAAGAAAAGGCACGGGUACUUAUUUCCGUGGUACGCCCAGAAGGGCGUUCUUAGUUAAUAAUUUAGAGUAAAUAGCAGGUAGGUAGUUGUAAAUGUUCUUACCGGGGAACUUACUUAGWACAGCCAUCUGGUUCAAAGGGCGUGGUAUGCCAGUGUACUUAAUAAAAGUUUACAAGUCAA